AUGCUCAUAUCUAUCUACUUAUCUCUCUCUGAUACUCUAUCUAUCUAUCUCUCUAUGUAUAUCUAUCUAUCUAUCUAUCUAUCUAAAUCUAUCUCGUUACUGGUUUAUUUUCUGUCUUCACUAUUCAUCUGUUUGUAUAUAUCUAGGUUCGAAUUUCAAAGAAUAUAUCUAUCAUUUCUAUAUCAUUCUUUCCCGCUUACAUCACCCCCACAUCUAAGCUUACAUCCCCACAUCCAAACUUACAACAUCCCCAUAUUCAAGCUUACACCACCCCAACAUCCAAGCUUACACCAUCCCCACAUCCAAGCUUACACCACCCCCACAUCCAAACUUACACUACCCCCAUAUCUAAGUUUCGACCACCUGCACAUCCAAGCUUACACCACCCCCCCACAUCCAAGCUUACACCACCCCCACAUCCAAGCUUACACCACCCCCACAUCCAAUAUUCAAGCUUACACCAUCCCCACAUCCAAGCUUACACCAUCCCCAUAUUCAAGCUUUACACCACCCCCCAUCCAAGUUUACACCAUCCCCAUAUUCAACCACCCUUACAUCCACCCCCACAUCCAAGCUUACACCACCCCACAUCCAAGCUUACACCACCCCACAUCAAACUUACACCAUCCUAUAUUCAAUCCCUUACCACCCCCACAUCAAGUUUACACCAUCCCCAUAUUUCACACCACCCCACAUCAAGCUUAA